CUCCAUCUUCCACCCGAACAUCACCGACACCCAAUAAUGUUCACCGGCCUCGUUGAGACACUAGGAACUGUUGCCGCCCUCGAAGAGCUUGACCAGACUUCGAGCGGAGGAGGCGGCACUUCGUUGACGAUUUCUGACGUGCAAGACAUACUGGGAGACGCCCAGCUGGGAGACAGCAUUAGUGUCAAUGGAACAUGUCUCACGAUAACCGAGUUUGACAAGGCAUGGUUCAAGGUCGGCGUUGCUCCUGAAACGCUUCGGCGCACGAAUCUCGGAUCUCUCCAGAAGGGCUCACGAGUCAACCUUGAGCGUGCAGUUUCCGCUUCCACCCGCAUGGGUGGUCACUUCGUGCAAGGCCAUGUUGAUACCACUGCAACGAUUCAAUCCGUGACCCCCGACGGCAAUGCCCUGACGCUCCGCUUUAAGCCCCGAGAUUCGACUGUUCUCAGAUAUAUUGUGGAGAAGGGAUACGUCACUAUAGACGGUGCAAGCCUGACGGUUACUAAGGUGGAAGAUGGUCUAGAGGGCUGGUGGGAGGUCAUGCUGAUUGCGUAUACUCAAGAGAAGGUGGUGACGGCGGCCAAGAAAGCUGGCGAAGAUGUCAAUGUGGAAGUCGAUCAGGUCGGAAAGUAUGUAGAGAAAAGCGUCGUAGGCUACUUCGAGAGCACGACCAAUGGCGAGUUUGCCAUCCUCGAGAAAAUGGUUUCCAAGCUCGUCGAUGAGAGACUCAAAGCACUUGGCAAGUAAUUAAUCACCACGUGUCCCAGACUCUCACCCGAUGCUGCCUCCAAGCCUCCACUAUUAGACUUACUUCGAUACCCGGAGGAUCGAAGAUGGUACCAAAGGCAUCAGCGGCACGGGCGGAGCGUUCGAGGCUUAAGGGAAAUGGAGCGAAUAAAACCUGACCAUACAACACAUCGGCCCAGUUUUCUCGUUCCUCUGGUACCCCGUGGUGCCUGGUUCAGGAUUAUGAAGGAGGUUGCAGACUUGUCGGUGGCGCAGGA